GCCUGAGUGGCAGCAGCGGGCUCCGGCCGUGACGUUGGUCCGUGACGCAGGUUCGCCCUCCAUCGCCAGCCGAGCCCACUGACAGAAAACACCACCUAGAAACGAAGAUAGCCCCCCUCACGAUUUGUGGAAAUAUGUAGUUAGCUCGCACAGCUCCGCAUAUUUCGACGACAGGGGGUUUGGUGGAGCCGAGCAGUUUCAUGGAAAGUUACCAUGGGUGGCCAUGAUGAUGAAGAUAUGCCAUAUGUUGUGAAUAACCAAAAGCAAGAUGAAGAGCUAAAGAACAAGCUGAAUGACAGCAGCCACUGGUGCGACCAGGAGUCCACUGGCAACAAUGCCAAAUGGGUCAAAGAAGGCCAGAACCAGCUGCGGAAAGUAGCCGAGAAUCAGCAGGAUCAGGACCACAACUGCAAUAUCAGCCAGAAUGGGAACAAGCAAGACUUCCCUUAUCAGAACACAACUCAGGAAGAACAACAGGGAAACGAGGAGCAGACCAAGUCUCCCAGAAUAGCAAUGACCCCUGGUCUCAGUCAGGAGGAGUCCAAGAACAUCCUUAAUGAACCGCUACUCAUCGACACUCUGGAGUCUACAGAAGAGAAAGAUAAAGAGAGAGAAGAGGACGGUAAAGAAAAGGAAAACAAAUCAGAGGAAGAUGAGGAGACAUCAGGUGAUACCAGAGGAAAGAACGUGACAGAAGAACAGAGAAAUAUGGAGUCUCAGAGAGAGAGCAGUGUUGUAGGGAGAAAUGCCUGCCUUCUCUUCUCCAACAUGAACGGGACACCAAGUGAUGAAGAGUCCAGCUGGCCUGCACUGUCUCAGGAUAACACAACUGACAGCUCUCCAAAUGGCAACAGAGAAUCCUUUUGGGACUCCAGUGCUUUUGAGACAGACACAGACCUGCCUUCAGGAUGGAUGAGAGUGCGGGAUACAUCAGGCACAUACUACUGGCACAUCCCUACAGGCACCACCCAGUGGGAGCCUCCUUCACCCCUGGGUAAAGUUGGUGACUCCAUGAUGUCCUCCACUAUGUCCCUUGAGACGACACCCUGUGAGGAGGCUGAGGAGUCCUGGGUUCACCUUUCCAACACAGAUGAAGGAGCUGGUGAAGGGGAACUGUGGAAGGAGGAGGGAGAGGUUGCAUCUGAUCAGAGUCUGAAGGAGUUUGAAGGGGCAACUCUACGCUAUGCAUCCAUCAACCUGAACUACAAUUGCUCCCAGUCUGAGGAAGAGGAGAAGCUCGCUCCACUCUGCACUGAUAUAGAAACUAAGUGUUUUGCGGUGCGUUCCUUGGGCUGGGUAGAGAUGUCUGAGGAGGACAUGGCACCUGGCAAGAGUAGUGUUGCCGUCAACAACUGCAUCAGGCAGCUCUCUUAUCACAAACACAACCUUCAUGACACUGCUGGUAUCUGGGGAGAGGGUAAGGACAUGCUGAUGGUCCUGGAGAAUGACACUAUGAACUUGAUCGACCCCCUGGGCCAGACUCUGCUUCAUGCUCAGCCAAUUGGCAGUAUCCGUGUUUGGGGUGUAGGCAGAGACAACGGCAGAGAAAGGGAUUUUGCUUAUGUGGCUCGAGACAAUCUGACCCAAGUUCUGAAGUGUCAUGUUUUCCGCUGUGACUCACCUGCCAAGAACAUUGCCACUAGCUUACAUGAGAUGUGUUCAAAGAUAAUGAUGGAGAGAAAGGCGACCAAGCCAGGGGUGAGCAGGCUCAACUCUGACCCAGAUAAACCUGUGGUCAUCCCUGUUGAAGAGUUUCCUGCUCCAAAAAAUGAACUCUUCCAGCGCUUCCAUGUUUAUUACCUUGGUUGUGAGGCUGUGGCUAAGCCAGUAGGUAUGGAUGUAAUCAAUGAAGCACUAGAGGCAGCAAUGAAUGGCAAAGAUAAAAAUGACUGGACUCUUGUCUCUGUGAAUGUUGCACCAGCCACCCUCACGAUACUUUCAAGACAGAAUGAAGAGGUGCUGUCAGAGUGCAGGGUGCGUUUCCUGUCUUUCAUGGGUGUUGGGAAGGAUGUCCACACCUUCGCUUUCAUAAUGGCGGAGGGUCCCCGAGAUUUCACCUGUCACAUGUUUUGGUGCGAACCCAAUGCUGCCAGUCUGAGUGAGGCUGUACAGGCUGCCUGCAUGCUUCGCUACCAGAAAUGUUUGGAUGCACGUCCACCCAGCCUAGCCUCCUGUCUGCCCACUCCUCCUGCUGACUCUGUGGCUCGACGGGUCAAGAAGGGGGUGCAGAGUCUGCUGGGCAGCUUUAAGAGCUACAAGUCAGGCUCUCAAUCCCCUUGAGUCGGAGCAUAGAUGAUGCAAGGUCCAUUAUACACACGGUCCAUCACUACAGCCCCUUCUCACUCUCACGUCUCCUUCUCCUCUCAUCCUUCUUCCACAGUUUCGCCUUACGACCGUUUCACUUGUCUGGUCUGUAGUCUAGUAUGUGGAGUAGUUUCUGGGGAAAAUGUGUGUCUGAAAAGAUUGCUUUUUUUUUUUUUUUUUUUUUUGGUUUUGUUUUAUUGGCUUGUACUUUAUAUGACAAUUUAAAACUCUCAUCUCCAAACAGAUGAACCCUAGCAUCAAAUUUUUUUUAAUUUGCUGGGAUUCUUUCUGUGAGUCUUAACUAUUUUUGUGUUUUAACAGAAACAAUGCUAUGAAUGUUGGAUAUGGAUAUAAUAUAUUUUACAUGCCGACAAUAGAAUUUGCUUGAAAAAGAGGUUGCUAGAUUCUCUCACAGAAUUUGUCUCGUUCCCUUUUCCUCCUCGGUGCAGUUAUCAUCUCAAACACUCCUCCUUUUCUACUGUCUAAAGAAGGUACUGUAAUGCAGUCGUUGUCAGAUGGUGUCAAGUGUCCUAAUAUGAUUUUCUAAAACAUCAUUGCACCUCACUCUACCACCUUAGGUUGUAAUACAAGCGCUGUAGGCGUCUCAGUAGUUUGCCAUGUAGUUAAAUGUUUCUGACCCUCCCAAACAAUGUAUUUUAGUCUUCCAAAGAACUGUAUGGUCAUCUGUCACAUAGUGAGCAACCACUGAUUUGAGUGUAGUGUGUUUCUCAUACAUUCUGCAUGAACAUAUGCAAGUUCAGUGCUAGUGUGCAAUAAUCAGAUGUUCUUUUACGGUGGGGUGAUAAGAUGGCUGCAAUGUGAUUAUUUGUUCACUUUAAUGAGAGUCUGAAUAAAUUGGGUGUGAGGCUAAUGGAACAGCAGAGCCAUGUUGAAAAUCAUUAUCUUGUGAGAGAAAUGAUAGUAAUAAGAAUGACCAACUCUUGGUUUUCACAAAGCUGUUUACCACCAACAAACUAUGGAAUAGUACUGUAGAAACUCACCACAAGCUGCAUGUUUUGAUAGCCUAGAGUUUUUGCUGCUUGCAGCGGUUUACUGCUUAAGACCCAUCAAUGUAUCCUGUAAAUUCUUUCUGUGUUUCUGUAUGGUAAGAGGAGGCUGGAGUUGAUGUGUUGUUUCGUGUUACAUAGGCAUGUCACUCUAGUUAGUUACAGUGUUGAUCAUAAGCUAGCAGUAGAAAGUUAGACUUCCCGUCAGUUCUUUCAGACUGAAAAGAUGAGAGCAGGUUAAUGUUUGUAUUUACAUUAUGUGUAUAUGAGAAACCUAAAGAUAAUUUCUCCAGUGGUUGACAUUUUAAUUUUUUCCUUGGCCACAUUUUGACGUGUGUGGUCCCCGGCCGCUCCAGUUUUAUGUAUUUUUUAUUGUUUCCACACACUACAAUGUAAACAGUAAAGAUGAUUUUCACAUUAGCCCGCUAGAUUUACUUUUUAUAAAGAACACACUAAUUAGCCAAGUUGUAUUUUAUCUUUAUGUGUCUGUCAGUGAUCAAUAAUGUAUGUAGCACAAUAGUAAUAGUCAAAUUAAAGAUGCAGUUAGUAAGAUUUUUUUGGUAAUUUUGACCUCUGCACGGCAUUUGUUUGGCCACGUUGUCUGAAACAUUGGUAGCUAGUCACUAAACAUCCUAAGGCUAACUGACUCCACUACAUAGACUUGAAAAGAAGUCUACAUAUAAAUAAAAACUACAUUUCUUGUCACAAAUUUAAAAAUGAUUUUAGAGAAAAUGAAUCACUCAAUUAAAUUACAACAAAAUACAGUGAAAAUGAAUGUAUAGACAUGGAUAACAAAUACAACUUUGUGUUUUAAAAAAACAAAAAUCACAUCAUCUGUAAAAACUGACUGGGUAAUAGACAAGAUGACCACUACAUCGUGGUGAUAUUAAAAAGUAAGACUUUGACUGGAAUGUUUCAGUCUGGCUGGUGCAUAAUGGUGAAAAUGGUGGAUUAUGCACCAAAGCAAAAUUUUAAAACAAAUUUAAUUUUUAUUCUCAUUUACUUGCUAUCAGCAUUGUAUAGCUCACAACUAGAGAUGUUAUUUUUUAUUUUAUUUUUUUUUAAUUUUCUAGACCUUUGUUUUCCAAAAGUCACUCAUCUUUUAUUAUUUCUAUAUUGAAGCUGAAAUCAGAAUUUUCCUCAAAAGUUAAACUAAAAACUAAAUUAUGUUUGCUACUUUUGAAAUAUAUAUCCACAAAAUAUAGAAUCCAUGUUUGAAAAUUAGAUGGGAGAUGACUCAUAUUUGAGUAUAGAGAAGUUAUACACUUCUUUGAGAGAGAGAUAUUUCUAAAUAUAAAGCUGUCAUGGAGGCUGCUCUGUUGUCUGACCUUAUCGUCUGACCUUGUCACCCAAUUGUGAAAGCAAAGCAGUGCUUUGUGAUGACUGGCUUUUUUCAAAUUUUCAACCAUAGAUCCGUAUUGAUGUUUUUUUUUAUUAACGUGUAAGAAGUUAUCAAACACUCAAACUCUUACCAACUGCUUCUUUAUACGUGUAAGAUAUAACACUAACGAAAACUAGAGUAAAUUAACUCAUAUUACUGCCUUGUCACUCAUGUGUCACUUGGAAUUAUUGUGCUUUUUCUCCUUCAAAGUUUGCUGUGUCCAGUCAGUGGCAACACUUAAAGCAGGAUGAGUUAAAGAACAUUAGCAGAUUAAUUUAUUUCUGUUCAUGUAAAUUAGGUGUAUAAAAUGUAUGUAUAUAAAAGUCACUGCACAAUAAAU